GCACCGCCAGCUGCCUGUACGCUCCACCUCCCUGUAUUACGCUCAAGAACUCCAGCGCUGCAAUGUCGACGACCAAGGGCAAGAUGAUGCUGGUGGGCGCCGGCCCCGGCGACCCGGAGCUGCUCACGCUCAAGGCCUACCGCGCGCUGCAGCAGGCCGACCUGGUGCUGGCCGACCGCCUCGUGCCCACUGAAGUGCUGGAGAUCGCCUCCUGCGAGGUGCGCGUGGCGCGCAAGCGCUGCGGCAAGGCCGACCUCGCCCAGGCCGAGCUGGACGCCUGGGGACUCGAGGCGCUCGCGCAGGGCAAGCGCGUCGUGCGCCUCAAGAACGGCGACCCCUUCAUGUACGGCCGCGGCGGCGAGGAGGCCGUCAUCUACUCGGAGGCGGGCUUCGAUGUCGAGGUCAUCCCGGGCAUCUCCAGCUCGCUCUCGGCGCCGGCGAGCGCGGGUAUCCCCGCCACCAUGCGCGACGUGGCCGACCAGGUGCUCGUGUGCACGGGUCACGGCAAGAAGGACCGAUUCCCGGACUUACCCGAGUACUGCGACCACCGCACCACGAUCUUCCUGAUGGCCAUCGGCCGUAUCGAGGGCCUGUGCCAGGCGCUGCAGACCGAGCGCGGAUACCCGAGCGACAUGCCCGCUGCGAUCAUCCACGCAGCGACCAUGCGCGACGCCUCGACCAUCCGCAGCACGCUGGGCGAGAUCGCGGCCGAGGUGCGCCGCCGCGGCAUCGAUCCGCCCGGAACGCUGGUGCUGGGCAACGUGGUCAACGCGCUGACGUACCUGAAGAACUACGACGCCGUGAAGGACGUCGACGUCGAGCCCGAGAACGCCAGUAAGUACACCAUCUCGUACCCGCCGCUUUCGAGUCUGCCGGCAAUCGACCUGGGCGAGCACAUUGUGCUGAACGCCAAGACCAAGCGCCCGGAGAUUUUCGGCUUUGAGCUGUCGAUUGUGAACGUGGUCAUGGUGCUGCUCGCAUUGGCUUCCGUCCUGUACUCGGUCACGUCGAGCAGGGCUAUUACCCGCGUGUAGGCUGUAUUUAACAACGCUGUAUUAAUUCAUUUCAUUGAUUCC